AUGUCUCAGGGCAGAAAAAGUGCCCAUGGUGGUGCGGGACAAACAGAACCGAGAGAUCAGUGUGUAUGGACGGAAGCAGAUGAAACCAUCCUCAUCGAGUAUGUCGCCAAGAACCAUUCACAAGGUGGUGAUGAUUUGAACUUUGAUCAAACAUUUUGGGUUGCUGCUGCCGCUGAAAUGGAAGGACCACCCCUGCUCGGAUGUGGUCAGCGUGCAACCAUUGUCAGCUCAGAGAGCCUCCCUCCAUUUAAUGUCACACAGCAACCCUCCCUUGGGUCGGUCAAUGUUAGUGCGCCAUCAUCAACUGCUUCCGGUGUCAUGGCAUGGUAUGUGAUCCAUACCAUGACAUAUACACAACAGCAGUGA